AUGACAGAUCAAUUGCCAAAAUCAGAUAAAACAUCUUUGACCAUACCUCAACAUUCAUACCAUACUACUCCCUCACCAAAAAGUUUAGAGAAACCACCUUGGAAAAAAUUAUUAUAUUUACAACAACCUUAUCCAGAUAAUUAUAAUGAUGAAUCAUUUUUAUCACAAUUAAAGAGAAACACAACAGUUGCAAAAUAUUCUUAUUUAAAAUUAAUUGAUGAUUUUUUAUUAAUAAUGUUUUAUAUUUCAUGUAUUUUAUUAGUAAAUUUAUUAUUUAUUGGUAUAUAUUUAAAGAAUUGGAAUCCCAUCAAGCCAACAAUAAUAAGUUCAAUAUUAUCAGUAAUUAUAUAUCAAUUUAUAUUAAAAUUUCAUAAUUUUCAGAGAGUAUCAUCAUCUAUAAAAAAUUUAUCAAUAAAUUUAAAAUCUUUUAUAAUUAUAUCAUUUAUGAUAUUAAUAUCAUCACCAAUUUUAAAAUCUUUAACCAAAUCAACAUCUUCAGAUUCAAUAUGGGCAAUAUCAUUUAUAUUAAAUAUUUUAAAUUCAAUAUUUUUUGAAUAUUCUUCAAAUGAAUUUACCGUAUAUAAACCAAUAUUAUCAACAAAUUUAUCAUUAAGUAAUUCUAUUGUAUUAGCUUCAAGAUUAAAUUCAACAAUUGAUGUAUUUUUAUUUAUAUUAUUUGCUAUUGAAAUUAAUAUUUUAUUACCUUUAUUUGAUUCAAGUUUUAGAAAUUUAAAAACACCACCAAAUUUAAAAAUUUUACAUUACUUGGUGGUAUUUAUUACAUUUAAUUUAGUUAAUUAUUGGAUUUAUGAAUUAUUAAAUUAUAAAUUUUUAAUUUAUUGGUUAAUUUCAGUUAUUAUAAUUAUUUUUAUAAUGCCUGGUUAUUUUUUAUUUUUACAAAGAUAUAAAAAUGAAUUACAAGGUCCAUGGGAUAUAGCAAAACCAAAAAUUAAUAAAGAAUAA